AUGGCAAAGAGCAACCUGCAGUUCCAACAAAAUGUGAAUGCUUUCAUUCAAGACUUGCAGACUCAGAUUGGUCAACUAGCUACCACUGUAAAUCAGUUUAAGUCCCAAGGUUCUGGACAACUCCCUUCUCAACCAGAGAUUAAUCCUAAAAAUGUGAGUGCUAUUGUGUUGAGGAGUGGGAAGGAGCUGUUGGAUGGCCAGAAAAAUAAGGAGAUGCCAUGUGAUGUUGAGACUAAGAUGCAAGUGGCUAAGCCUAAGCUAAUAACAGAUCUUGAUAAGGAGCUUUUUGAAACCUUUAGAAGAGUAGAAGUGAACAUUCCACUUCUAGAUGCCAUAAAACAGAUUCCGAAAUAUGCAAAAUUCCUCAAGGAGAUGUGCACCAACAAGAGGCGACUCAAGGGAGAUGAGAGGAUUAGCAUGGGUAGAAAUGUGUCCUUGAACCUUGGUCCAUUGAAGCCAACUGGUGUAGUCAUUCAAUUGGCAAAUAGGAGUACCACACACCCUGCUGGAGUAGUGGAAGAUGUCCUUGUAAGAGUGGAUAAGUUGAUAUUUCCUGCAUAUUUUUAUAUUCUGGACAUGGCAGAAGAGUCUAGCAUUCCCACAUUGAUCCUUGGUAGACCAUUCCUUAAAACAACAAGGACAAAGAUUGAUGUGCAUUCAGGAAUUCUGUCCAUGGAGUUUGGUGAUGAUGUUAUGCAUUUUAAUAUUUUUGAGUCCAUGAAACAUCCUACAGAGUUGCAUAGUGUAUACCAUGUAGACAUCAUUGAUUUAUUAGUUGAUGAAUAUUCUGAUGCAUUGAUUGAUGAUUAUUCUUGUACAUGUACCUCUGUAGAAUUAUGUAAAGUAUGUGCUGAAAUUGAUGAAUUCUUGUUAGGUGAUAAUGAUGUUUCGUUGGAUGAUGCAACAGGAGCAGAUUUAGGAAGCUUUGGCUUGAUUACAACAAGUACACAUACACCUAACACUGCUCCCACAUGUGCUGCUGCAGAUUUGGAUGUUUCCACUAGAACAGUUCCUUCUAUUGUGCAACCACCUAUACUUGAAUUGAAACCUUUGCCUAAACAUUUGAAGUAUGCAUUUUUAGAGGCUAAUGAUAAAUUACCUGUGAUUGUUUCUGCAGAUUUGGAUGCUGCACAAGAAGAGAAGUUGUUGCAGAUUUUGGCAGCCCACAAAUAA